UCCUGUCUGCUGUUUUGUGGCUCUCAUGGCUGGCACCGUGAUUCAACGGGAGUACUGAUAUUCUUUGUCCAGUGGAUACGGCAAUUGUUUUUUUUUUUUUUAAUUUUACUGAUACAGCGACAAAAUGAUGUACUCACCUGAUAAGAUGAUGGGGAGCAAGGGUCUCCAUGGGGCACCCAUAUCGGCACCUGGGUGCUUUCCAUCUGGAAGAUAUUCACCGCCAUCGUAUCGCGCUGCGCCGGAUCAAAUGCCACCACCGCCACCACCGAGAAGGUGCAUGCCAAAUCCACCGAGUCGGAUACUUGAAGAUGCGUCGAUCAUGUGUAAUUCCUGGUCGCCAAGGCAUAAUGGUGACAUUUUUGGGGGAUUAAACAGCGGAAUUCAGGAUGGAUUGCUGUCAAGAGCAGAAGCACUUGCUGCGGAUUUAGGUAAACACAAUGCUGGCACACCAAUGCCACUGAAACAUGAUCCAGUAUCAGUUUAUCAUCAUGGGGCACACAUGGGAAGUCCACACCCCAACAAUCGGCCUCAUCACCAGGUACAAUCACACCUAUUUAUGAGCCAUCCAGGUAUGGAGAGCCUGGACAUGCUGGAUCCAGCGAAUUCAAUGACAACCCUCACCCCGAUGUCAGAGGGUGGUGGAGGUGGUGGAGGUAAUCACCACGGGGGCAUCCACGGUCCAUCGGUCUACGGUGGCAUGAACGGAAUGAUGAGUCAUCAUCAUCACGCAAAUAUCGGAGGUAGUGUACCCCAUCCGCACCAUCAUCCAGCGAUGGCAGCAGCAGCAGCAGCAGCAGCAGCAGCUGGUCUCCAUCCUGAUGCCGAUACAGAUCCACGUGAGCUGGAGGCAUUUGCUGAGAGAUUCAAACAGAGACGCAUUAAACUCGGUGUAACACAGGCCGAUGUCGGCAAAGCCCUGGCAAAUCUCAAACUCCCUGGUGUCGGUGCACUCUCACAAUCAACGAUAUGUCGCUUCGAAUCGCUGACACUAUCCCACAACAACAUGAUCGCCCUGAAACCAAUUCUUCAGGCAUGGCUGGAGGAGGCUGAGGCCCAGGCGAAGAACAAGAGACGCGAUCCUGAUGCACCAUCGGUACUACCUGCUGGUGAAAAGAAACGAAAACGUACCAGCAUUGCAGCACCUGAAAAACGCUCCCUCGAGGCAUUUUUUGCGGUGCAGCCCCGACCCUCUGGUGAAAAAAUAGCGGCAAUAGCGGAGAAACUUGAUCUUAAGAAAAAUGUGGUGAGGGUGUGGUUCUGCAAUCAGCGGCAGAAGCAGAAACGAAUGAAAUUCGCCGCUCAGCAUUGACCCGAGGGUGGCUUGUGACAGCAGAAUUGACUGUAUCCACCACCACAGCCGCCAUCAUCGAAUCUUGAGCCAAAACCCGAGCCCCUCAACGAGUACUCCGGCUGGCCCUGAACAAAUUGUAAUUAAAACUUUAACGAUAAAAUAACCAGACCGAUUAAAAACGCGAUGUGGUGCGUGUGAAAACUGUUGUCAUGAGCACCCAAACAGCAUUAACCAAUUUGCUAGGGCUCAAACGAAUAUUAAAAUAAUAAUAAAAAUAAAUGAGAACAUUGAGUGUAAAGUUGGUGAACAGUUCGGCUAGUGGGGAAGUUAAAAAAAAAUGGAGAAAAGAGUGAUUAUUUUAAAAGUUGUGGUAAAAACAAAAGAGCGGAACAAAAAAAAAAUGACCGACAAGUUUACGAGUUGGUGUUCUUCGUGCUGCGGUGAAAAUACAGAGCAUACGCUCGGGGUAGUUUUGUGAUCGAUCGGACAUAACCCACUUGGAUAGUCUACAGAAGCGGGAAAAAAAAAACUCUUUGAAACCGGAAGUCACGGAGGGACAAUAUUUCCAAGUCCAAACGGAGGAAAAAGAGAUAUGGGUAGACGUCCCAACCGCCCAUACCGUGUACUUCAGUACGAUUUCCCACGCUUCGUGUCUCUUUUACCGGGUAGUUUAUACCAUUUAAAAACAGACGGACGUAUAUAACACAGAAAUAUAGGCAUAUGCGCACACGUGUAUAUAUUACACAAGUAUAGAAAAUAUAAGAGAAAGGGGUGGAGGAGAUAUACACAUGAACCUAGUCACAUUCGCUUGGAAAAAGUACAAUUCGAGGGUUGAGGAGACCGGAGUUGAGAAAAAAAAAAAACAGAGGUAAUAACAAAAUUAAUGAAGGUCAUAAAAAAUUAAUGAUAAUAUUAAACUCAUUAUGUAUUUGUUAUUAGUCAAUGCGUGAGUUACGGUUCACGUGGAAAGUGAUAUUAAUACUAAUGAAUGAGAUUGGUUAAUUAGUGAUGAUUUAAUGGGGAUGCUCGGGUUGAUGAUGAAAUUUGUAUUUCGUGGGGACAAGGGAUUGGUGAAAUUUUAGUGGCUGACACGUGGUGGUGAUAUCGGACAAUCAGUGAGAAGACUGUAUUAUAUCGUAUCGAAAACUAUUCCUUUUUAAAUAGUCACACCCAUCGUUUAUCAUCGCAUUGGUUUUAUUAUCCGGGAGAGAGUAAUUACACGGGUUUUGAGUUAUGCUGUAUGAAUAUGCCUCAUCUUGCUCCUUACGUUUGUUCUCAUUGUCUUCAAUUUAAUGUGGGCCAUUUUGGUGAUUGUAGAAAUUUUAAAAUGAAAAAUCACGAGACGUGCGCAUCCAGCAGGUGACAUAAGAUAACGUGAAUUUAUUAAUCAUGUGACGCAGGAUUUAUUUGUAAGCUGUACAAAUAUAGUGUAAGUGAUUUUUUAGAGGGAUAUCAACUCUAGUCCCGGUGAGAUAAGCCAUUUGUUUUUCUGAACUCGUAGGUGGGAGUGUGGAUGAUUUUUAGUGCAAUAUAGUGUAAUUUAAUACUCUAGGUGAAUUAAAUUAUUUUUUUUUUCUCAUUCAUUUGUCUCACGAGUUUGAUUAAUGGGGAAUUAAUUUGUAAUAGUCAGCUCAAGGAAAUAAUCGAAUGGGGAUUGUUAAUUUUUUUCUAGUCAUUUAUGUUGUGAUAUUUGAAUGAUUAAUUGAUUUUGUUUUAUUUAUUCUGAGACACCAAUUGAUCGGAGAAUUAUUCUGGAUGAUGACAGGUUUUCUGUAGACAUCAAACACAGGGUAACAAGUCAUAUCGCAAUAUAUGCUUUUAAAUAAUUCUUAUUACGUAAGUAUAUAUGUAUAUUGUAUAUAUAUGUAUACUUAUGGAGAUGAUGAGUAAUGGGAGUUGCAAUGUGGCACUGGUUCAACUGAAAUGCAUCAUGAACUUAAAAAUACCCAAGACAAAUUGAAUAAUUAUUGAUUAAGCAAUUGGUGUAUUAUUUAUCCUGAAUUAUUCAGCGAAUAAUCAUUUUAAAAUUCGUACAAUUGACCAAGUACAUGAUGCACCUCGUCGAUCUCACAAGAUAUUCCCGUUGUUUUUGUAACAUAAUUAGACAACUCGUACAGUUCCAUUGAACAAGUAAUUCCAGAUUAUUUCGAUGAUUGUAAAGUUGAGAGAAAUUUCCGGCGUACGUUAAACACAAGUGUUUAAUUUUUUGUGUAAAAAAUUAAAAGAGGGAUAAAACCGCGUUAAGUAAAAAAAAAAACGCAAACUAUAGCUACCUUUAAUUUAAAUGUUUAUACAAGUUAAAUGAAAUAUGAGAAAUACAUAUAAAACAGAACUCUGAAAAUAAAGCCAAAGCCAAAAGAAUUGUUGAAGACUGAGAAUUCCCUCGCGAGUCCAUUUAGUUGAUUAUCUCAUUAAUUUCCCCAACAGCGAGAGAAUUCUCAAUCACUGACCGACGCAUAAGAUCGUAACGAAGACAUAUCAUAAUUAAAACGUGAAAAAAAAAAUGAGAAAAACAAUUACUAGUUAAAUUGCCUGACAAUGUAGAAAUUUAUGUGCGAUUACGUUGCGUGCAAAUUACAGAAGUGAAUAUUGACCGAAAAAAAAAUAUCGAAGGUGAAAUAAAAAUUCUUUUUUCCAUUGAUGAAUGAAAAAAAAAUAUUGCUCGAAUCUGUACAUAUUUGGCUGAUUGUAAAUGUACUUAUUGUAAAUUGUUCUUGUAAAAAAAAAGAAAAAAGCAUUGAUUUGCGAACGGUGAUCUGUCGAUCGCGAGAUAUUGUCUAGUGAAAAUUCAAUUGGGCUUGAAAUAUUUAUAUGAAUCCGUUACCGGGUGUCUGUUACUCUUGACAGAUACGACAUACAUCCGUGUUUGUAUAUUUCUCCUCAAUUGUUCGGAAGCCGCAGUGACAGUCACACAUGAGCAUAUGUAUUUUGUUGGUACGUUAAUAAAAAAUAAAUUACCGAAAAACGGAGAGAAAAACCACAAAUCCCGAGAAACACUUGAAAAUUGCACGCAAUGUAAGACGAUAUGGGGAGGGAUAGGGGGAGGAAGGGGGAGAUGAAUGAGGAAAUCGGGAGGAUUUUGUCUAGGAUCGAGUGAAUGAUUCUCCCCUUUUGUUGUACAUAUCAUGUGCCAUAACUCAUUUUACCAUUAAAGAAAGAAAAAACUUCGUGUCCAACUUUGUUCCA